ACCUCAACGCUGAUCUCCCCUGUCGGCAGCGCUCAUAGUGGCAUGUCGCUGCCCAUGUAGUCAAAUUGUUGCAUGUUUUCAUAGGUUGUUGAAAGGAUAAUGGCCAGUAAAGUGCAGCCACCAUCAGCUUUCUUCUCAUCAGAGGAAGAAAAGAAAACGAGGAAGAAACAUCUCAGUACUGAUGAUGUUACAAACCAGGGUCGCUACUUGUUGAACAACUUCAUCCAUGAACGCAUGGUUCGCGAUGGAAUCAUCAACACACCAGGGGUUGAUGAAUUGCAGGAACCAGGAACGCCAUGUGGACCUCCAAUGGACCACAGCAGAGAAAUUGCUCGAGCUCUGCGUUUCAUUGGAGAUGAGUUAGACAAAGAUCACAAAAUUCAAGAAUUGGUAAAGAAGGUUCCCCCAGAGGCAGAAAGAAGAGUUUUUCUGAGCGUAGCUUCAAAAAUCUUUGAGGAUGGCGUAUUUAACUGGGGACGUGUGGUAGCUCUGUUCUAUUUUGCUUAUAAAGUCUGCAUCAAGGCUCUAGAUCGAAUACCAUUAAUACGUGCAAUCAUAAAUCUCAUCAUGGAUUUCAUCAGAGAUCGAGUGGCCCAGUGGAUCAUUGAGCGUGGAGGAUGGGAAGCCAUCCGUGAGUACUUUGGGUCCACAUGGGGUCAGAUAUCACUUGUGGCUGGAGCAUCUAUUAUGUUUGUGGGUGCUGUCUACUUGAUGAAAACAUGGCACUGAUAUCUUCAGUGUGUAGCUAAUGAAUCAGAAAUUACAAUCUUGCAGAAAUGAGACUUUGACUUGAUACAAAUCUAAUCCACAUAUUGUGUUAUGGUGAGCAAGCGUAGUGUAUUCGCAUGUUUACUUUUACACGUAUGAACUGGUUGACUGGUUCAGGCAUUAGUUUAAAGAAACAUUUAUCAUGUAAAUUGUAAAGAAAUAGUUGUGACCUUUGUUUGCCACUUUACCAACCAGUAUAAUACAGUUGACACACGAAGCACGUUCACAUAAGUAUGUUUUGUCUGAAGGACAAUCUUCAACAACAAUUACAAAUGUGACAAGCUUCAGUCCAUUUAACUGUGAACCUCAUUAACCUUCAACUUUUUAGAAUUCGUUUUCCUUAAGAACCAGCAUGAUUGUCUGAAAUACUGCAGUGUAAGGAUUCAGAAACUUGUUUGCCCUACCUGUUUUUUUUUUUUUUCUGGAAAUGUUAAUGUAUCUCUGUCAGGAAUAGUAUCAAUGAAGAAGUAAGCUAAGUUGGUCAUAUUUCACAAAAAUUUGGAUAAAGAAUGAGCGAUGCAAUUUUUCCUUUUUGCAUUUAGAGCAUGAGGCAGGGAAUGUGUGAGUGUGUAGUACAUGCAUGUGUAAAAUCUAUGCUGCUUUCACGAAUGCUUAAGGAUUUGUUUAUGCUGCAUUCCCACAGAAGAAAGCGUUCAUUUUUAGCUUGGAAAUGGAGAAAUGCUAAGAUUUUUCUGGUAUAUUUUAAUAAAUUCAGACUUAGUCAUUGAUUAUAA